AUGCCUGCAGAAUCGGCGAUGCAGGAGCCUGCUUCCCCACCCGUGCCAGAUGUCAAUAAGUCGCUCGAGUCGCCAUCUCCCACGCUGCCUCCACCCAAGCCCACUAUUGACAAACCACCGAGUACGCCUGCUGCCGAAUUAGACUCUUCUAGCACCACUACCACCCCGGACGCGACGAAGAACACGCCAGCUAUGGUCAACUCCGCGACUCUACACACCUCUCAAUCGGCAACCGCUGCAAAGAAUGACAGUACUCUUGCAGACAUAUCCGAUCGACCGACGAUCUUAGAUUCAGACAAUGCUACAGAUAUGGAUGUCACUAUCGAGCAAGGUGAUGUCAAUGCGACACCCGUUGAGCUACAGACUCCAUUGAAAGAGGGCGAAGAGAAUGAUAGUUAUAUUAACGUCAGUUUGACGACUGCCGACAAGAUCAAGGCCACCAUCAUUGACGAGGAUUGCACACCGGAAUGUACAAUGACGACUUCUACUACCACUAAGGGUCUCCUAGACAGUAUGCAAGAGCCGACCGUUGCGCCUGGAGCGGGUAGCUGUAUGGAGAUCGAAGGAUGCCACGAGGCCGCUGGUGAAGCGCACAACAGCACUAUCGCGGAGAAGGCGGCAAUCUCUGAGGAUAGUGAAGACCACUCUUUUGGUGAUGAAGAAGAUACUGCGGUUGAAUCGCAAAGGCACGAGCCUGCCGCGGCUACACCUUCUCGAAGUGUCCUUCCUCACAUGCGCCCCGCCUUCAAGGUUCCGAACGUCCAACACUCGAACGCUUUGGGAGCGAGGGCAAGUCGCUUUGAUUCCCUCAAACUAAGCUAUGCUAAAUACUCUCAGCCACACUGUCCCGCGCCCGUAUCUCGCGCACCUCGUGGCUUCUAUCCACCCGCUGGUCACCUCCCCUCUCGACCUCCGCUCGAUUACGAUGAGCUACAACGUACCAAGGCCCAGCUGAUGAAAGCCUGCAGCGACCUGGAAGUCGGGCGCAAGGUUCAUGCUGAGACGCGCAAGACAUUCAGAGAUGAGAAACAGGCGAGCAUCAGCGCAGCUAUGGCCGACAUGCUGAGUGAUCUUCUUCAGAAGCAAGCAGAUGCACUUACUGCAAAGGCGAGAAUGCAAGAGAAGGAACGUGACCUGGAGUAUCGUGAGCAGAAGAUCAUGCAAUUGGAGAUAUACCUCGCCAGCGGGCAGAAGCAGCUCAAGUGGGAGCUCGAGCAGCAAGGCAUCCGCACCAUGAGCUCAAUUGAUGAAGCGAAUUUGCGUCGCGAAGUUGAAUUGAGGAUGGAGCACCUGCUCUCCAACAUCGGGGGUAAAAUCUCCAUUCAGGUCGAGCGCCUCCGCCAUCAAGACGCAGCUCAGAAGGUCCGAGAGCAGCAAUUUGAGAGUCUCAUCCGAGAUGCUCUUGAAAACGAGAUCCGCGAACAAGCUGCACGAGAUAUGCAAGUCAAGGUCCCGGACGUCAAAGUCACACAAGGCGCGUACGAACGUGGUCUUGCUGAGGGCAAGAAGUUUGGAGCUGCCAAAAGCUCUAAGGAUGAGCUCAAGCAAGAGUUCCUGAAGGGCUAUGCUGAUUGCUAUCGUACCCUGACCGUCCUGCACAACGUGCGCAACGGCAGUAUCGCGGUUGGAAGCCCGGAGGUCGCUCUCUUAUUCGAUCUUACGCAUCCCGAAAAUCCGCACAAUGUCGGCCUCGAUAUUGGUCGCAUGGAAGUACCAUCUAAAAGGGUUGAAGCUGCGGUCGGAGUGGUGAUCAGCCGCAGGUCGAUGGAGGAAGGUACCAGGGUAGCCGCUGUUCAGGGCGAGCCCGAGGCUUCCGCAAACGUAGUCAGUCAUCGCGGCCAUGGUCAAGCUUUCUGCAACGAAGCAAAUCCGUCCCGUUCUUCACAAGCGGUCGCCCGCCUGGAGCAGACGCCUCCGGCACCAACACAGGAAGCGCAGCAGACGCAGGAUGUACAGCAGGAGCAGGCGGCUCGCAGCUGUGUAUCUCCCCGCCCCACCUUCGCUGGCGAGCUGCGCGGCUCAUCGUCAAGCGGUGCAACAUCCCACGGUACCUCCGCGAGCAGGUCGAACCCACGGGCUAACUCAAACGCUUCCAGGGCAGUCACGGUAGGCUGCAUAGAUGAAGGCGUCUAUGCUGGUCGUCGGACCAUUCGCUGCGAGGAGGAUUCUGAAGAUGAGGCUCCGGCUCCUAACCUUAUCGAUCUGUAG